GCCCUGCUUCUUCAUUCAAUAUGGAGGAAAGGCUCAUUACUGCUGUAGCAAACCACCCGGAGCUGUACGACACCGCCUGCUUUUUCUACAGAGACAGGAAUAAAAAGGACCUAGCUUGGAGGAAAAUAUGUGAAGCGACUGGGCAACCUGAGGACAUCUGCAGGAGAAAGUGGAAGAGCCUCAGGGACACGUACUGCAAGGAGAAGAGGGCAGAGAAGGAGAAGAGGAGUGGGUCUGCAGCAGGAUCGGGGAGGAAAUGGAAGUUCUCCGCGAUCAUGAGGUUUCUGGACCCCUUCCUCACCCCGCGCGAGACGAGCUGCAAUAUGGUGGGGACCGUGGAAAACUCCGAGGACCAGGGACAGCCCGAAGAGGCAGCAGGGGAGUCCCAGUCAGAAGAGCCAACUGAUCCUGCAGCAGAGCUGUCACCUGUUGCUUGUCCUGGCUCCCCAGUCCCUGGUCCCUCCGCUCCUGCUGCUGCACCCACAGGCCCACAGAGGAGGACAGCUCCGAGGCGGACGAGGGACGGUCCAUCAGCGGUGGAGCUGGCCAUCCUGGAGUCCCUGAAGCGGCCACGCCAGUCUCCAACGGAGCAUUUCCUCCUCGGUCUUGUUCCUGCUCUGGAGAGCAUGCCGCCUCAGACCAGAGAAUUUGUCAAGUUUCUAAUUCAAAAAUUAGUUUAUGAAAACAGCACAGCUACAAUAUCUGACAACUGUGAUGAGAAAAAUAAAGUGGACGGCAAUUUGGCAAACACGAGGAGAGCUGUGGAGGACAAAACCUGCACCUCUGAUUUUGAGUUGUCAGUAACCAUCGAGGCAUCAAACACUUACGAGUCAGAGCGGCAUAAAAUCAAGGAGCAUCGUUUGGAUCAAGAACACAUGUUGAUGAGUGUUUCUGAGAGUGAGCUCGAUAAAGAGAAUACUACUGCAUCAAACAGAAGACUGAAGAGGAAAGCUGUGGAUGAAGACCCUGGACUGCACACAUCAGUGAAAAAGCUGAACCCUCUUGGCCCUGUUGUUGCUGACAGACUGCACACCCAGUGUAAAGAAGAGCAGGACCACAUCCCCAUAAUAAAGAUCAACUCAGUCUGUUCAAUGGCCUCCCCUGCUCCAUCGCCACAGGGCUGCUCAGGAUCCACGAGCACCAUGGCAUCCACCCCAGAGUUAAAAAUCGGCCAGAAGCUCAAUGAGGGCAAGACUAAACAGAUUUUUGAGCUGGUGGACCAGCCGGGACUGGUUCUAGUCCAGUCUAAGGACCAGAUCACAGCUGGGAACGCCGUGAGGAAAGAUCAGAUGGAGGGCAAAGCUGCCGUUGCCAACAAAACCACGAGCUGCGUGUUCCAGCUGCUGCAGGAGUCUGGCAUUAAGACGGCCUUUGUUAAGCAGCACUCGGACACGGCGUUCAUCGCAGCGCACUGCCAGAUGAUACCCAUUGAGUGGGUGUGUCGCAGAGCGGCGACUGGAUCUUUCCUCAAGAGGAAUCCAGGAGUCAAAGAGGGCUACCGCUUUUCUCCUCUAAAGAUGGAGAUGUUCUUUAAAGAUGAUGCCAACAAUGAUCCUCAGUGGUCAGAGGAGCAGCUGCUGGAGGCCAAACUGUGUGUGGCUGGGCUCACUAUUGGUCAGUGUGAGGUGGACAUAAUGAGUCGCAGCACUGUGGCCAUUUUUGAGAUAGUGGAGAAGGCCUGGGCCACUCAGAACUGCACCCUGGUGGACAUGAAGAUUGAAUUUGGCGUCAGUGUGAAAAGUGGAGAGAUUGUGCUCGCUGACGUGAUUGACAACGAUUCAUGGAGGCUUUGGCCAGCUGGAGAUGGGAGCCAGCAAAAAGACAAACAGGUGUACAGAGAGCUGAAGGAAGUGACCCCAGAGGCAAUGCAGAUGGUGAAGAGGAAUUUUGAGUGGGUCUCUGAAAGGGUCGAGUUGCUGCUGGAGCCCCAGGCAAGCAGCAGGGUGGUGCUUUUAAUGGGCUCCACCUCAGACGUGGCCCAUUGUGAAAAGAUAAGAAAGGCGUGCGCCUCCUACGGGAUCCCCUGUGUCCUCAGAGUCACCUCGGCACACAAGGGUCCAGAUGAGACGCUGCGCAUUAAAGCUGAAUAUGAAGGUGAUGGCGUACCCACUGUGUUCGUGGCUGUGGCUGGGAGGAGUAACGGCCUCGGCCCAGUGAUGUCUGGUAACACGGCUUACCCUGUGAUCAGCUGCCCUCCUCUCACUCCAGACUGGGGACCACAACAUGUCUGGUCGUCCCUCCGCAUGCCAAGUGGUCUCGGCUGCUCCACCGUGUUGUCUCCUGAAGCUUGUGCUCAGUUUGCAGCGCAGAUCUUGGGGUUGAGGGACCACCUGGUGUGGUGCAAACUGAGGGCAUCCAUGCUCAACACCUGGGUGUCUCUCAAGCUGGCUGACAAGAAGUUCCAGGCCUGCAGCCUCUGAAGAGCCCAGCGUGCAUCACACUGAACAAAAGAGCUUUGGUCCAUUUAGCACCCUUGAAGCCAACUGCAGGACUGACAAUGACACAAUUCAUUUCAUUGAGGCCAAGUUUAUAACAUGGAACUGUUUCUAAUAGAUUUGUUAUAGUUUCUCAAUUUUAAUAGAAUUUUAUGGAAUUUUUUAAUUUGUUUAUUUAUUUUUGCCUGCAUGUUGUUGCUGCCUGUGUUUAAUUGUGUCAUUUUUGUAAUUUGCUGCUGCCCAUCGUCAGGUCUCCCUAAAAAAGGUUUUUGUUUCAGUGGGAUCUUCCUGGUUGAAUAAAAGAAAAAGCAAAAAGUGGAAUCAAAACAUGUAAACAGUUUGUUGAUGGUGGCUCACAGCACGGACACGUGGACAGGAAGUCGUGUCAUGGAGCUUUCUUUUCUGACUCGAUGCAAUAAAACAUUUAAAU